CAGAGAAAGCUUUAAUUUCCAGAGAAAAGGAGCCGUUUCUAAAUCAGAAAACAAGGACGAUGGCGGAUCAGCUGACCGACGACCAGAUCUCUGAGUUCAAAGAAGCCUUCAGCUUGUUCGACAAGGACGGCGACGGUUGCAUUACCACCAAGGAGCUUGGAACGGUAAUGCGGUCGCUAGGACAGAACCCUACGGAGGCAGAGCUGCAGGACAUGAUCAAUGAAGUGGAUGCUGAUGGAAAUGGGACCAUUGACUUCCCUGAGUUUUUAAACCUAAUGGCUAGGAAAAUGAAGGAUACAGACUCUGAGGAGGAGCUGAAGGAGGCAUUCCGAGUGUUUGACAAGGACCAAAAUGGUUUCAUCUCAGCUGCUGAGCUUCGCCACGUCAUGACAAACCUUGGGGAGAAGCUCACUGAUGAAGAAGUGGAUGAGAUGAUCAGGGAGGCUGAUGUGGAUGGAGAUGGGCAGAUAAACUAUGAGGAGUUUGUGAAGGUUAUGAUGGCUAAGUAAAAUGAUCUUGUGACACCCUCUUCACAAAUUCUAUUGGAUGGUUUUGAAUUGAAGUCUUAAAUGAUGGGCAGUUGUCUGUAAUGGGGUGGUGGGAUGUUUAUCAAGCUCUUUUAUGUGUUUUUAUGACUAUCUUGACUUAAGUUUAUAAUGUUACUCUUUCUGGUCUCUUGUGAGCAUAAAUGGACAACUCAUUUUCUUAAUACAAUAUUGUCUAUUUUCAGCUACUGUGCAUAACAAAUCUGUGUUUGAUAU